AUGGUAGAAUAUUCACUUGCUGGUGAAGGUGCUGGUAUAUUAAUUGAUCGUGAUUCAUAUGCAAAUCGUCAUUGGCCAGAAAAUGAUAAUGUU